UCCGCUUCAUACGCUCAUUCUUCGAACGAACGCCGCCGGGAGUAGGACCACGACCAUCGGGACGAUUCCCGUUUCGCACCGAAAUUCCGCGUGUCGUAGAGCAAACCGAUUGUUCCGUUCUGGUUUAAGUGUGACAGGAUUCGGUACAAGAAUCUGUGACGACGAAAGGAGUGGGAUUACUGUGCAGUGUAAAAGAAAAUCUCUCCGGAAGAGAGGAGUGUGAUUUAGCCGUACUACAUCCGCAGGCGCUUAGUUUGCGUGGAACAAAUUUAGAGGAAAAGACUGGAAGAACCGAACAAUUGUCAUCAUGGGAGAUCAAGUCGUGCCAGCAAAAGGCAAUAUUUUGGGAACCCUUAUCCCGGCCCGUUACAUUUUGGCCGUGCUCGGUUCGAUCGCGAUGGCUAUCAUUUACGGGCUGAAGGUGAAUCUGAGUGUGGCGAUGGUCGCGAUGUUGAACCAUUCCGCCCUUGCCCAUCAUGGUGCAGUGUCGGUUGAGGCGAAGGAACACGUUAACGCAGAACCCGUCUGCCAGGGCAGCAACUCAACCGAAGCGGUUGAGGAUGGUCCUUUCAUCUGGAGCGAACCGGUACAGGGCAUCAUUCUAAGCUGUUACUUCUGGGGUUAUCUGGUUUCCCAAGUCCCUGGGGCUCGGGUGGCCGAAUCGUUCUCCGCCCGCUGGGUCAUGUUCUUCUCCGUGUUGAUCAACGUUGUCUGCACCCUGCUGACACCAGUCGCAGCCAAGAUGCAUUACAUUGCGAUGAUCGUUAUGCGCGUUGGCGAAGGUAUCGGUGGAGGCGUGACGUUCCCGGCAAUGCACGUCAUGCUAGCAUCUUGGGCUCCACCGAAUGAGCGCAGUGUUAUGUCCGCUAUCGUGUACGCUGGCACUGCUCUCGGCACGGUCAUUUCGAUGCUGAUGGCUGGCGUAUUGGCCGGUACACUUGGCUGGGAGUCAGUGUUUUACGUGAUGGGUGGCUUAAGCUGUCUGUGGAUGGUUUUGUGGCUGUGGCUGAUCCAGGAUACGCCUAGCAAGCAACCACUGAUUAACCAGGAGGAGCGUGAUCUCAUUACCACGUCGCUUGGGUCAGGUUCAUCGAGCGGUCACAACGAACCAAAACCUCCCGUACCGUGGCGAAAGGUGUUUACGUCCGGUCCGUUCUACGGUAUACUGAUCGCGCACGUCUGCAACAACUGGGGCUGGUACAUGCUGUUGAUCGAGCUGCCAUUCUACAUGAAGCAGGUGCUACAGUUCAACAUCAAGGAGAAUGCCGUCGUUACCGCCAUUCCGUUCCUGACGAUGUGGUUCUUCAGCAUGGCGCUCAGCAAAACGCUUGAUGCGUUACGAUCGCGCGGCAAGAUCACGACCACGAUUGCGCGCAAAACUGCCACCUUCAUUGCAUCCGCCGUACCGAUGGGAUGCCUGCUGGCACUCUGCUACAUCGGCUGCCAGCGUGGACUGGCGGUUACACUGAUGACAGUAGGCAUUACGGCAAUCGGUGGCAUGUUCUGCGGGCUGCUUUCUAACCAUAUCGAUAUCGCCCCGAACUACGCUGGAACACUGAUGGCCAUUACAAACACAGCGGCCACGCUUUCGGGCAUCAUCGUUCCCAUCUUUGUUGGGCAGAUCACACACGGAAAUCAAACGAUCGGCGCUUGGCGUGUAAUCUUCUUUGUUACUAUCGCGCUAUACAUAGUGGAAAUUAUAGCCUACCUGGUACUGGCAUCGGGCGAAGAACAACCCUGGAACAAAGGUGACAAACCGGCCAGUUCGAUUGAGGCAGCCGAAGCGGAAGCCACUCCGCUGAACACGAAAGAAACCAAACAAAACUACAACAGCCAGGAGCAGUAAAGUUCCGUUUUUAUUUCAUCGAAGGAAAUGGUUCAAAAGCCCGUUCUUUAAAACUGUAAGGAGUUCAAAGUGGACGUUAAAUUAUGCAAUAAGAUCGCACUCGAUUACCGUUUUUGUUUAACGGUAUUCUCUCUAUGUUUGCUACUCUUACCCAAAGCAAUGGUACUUAAGGUUAGAUAAACUAAGUUUAUUUCAUGUAUUUGUUAACUGUUAUUGAUUGAUUUGGCCAAUCCACAUUGGGCGCUUCUAUCAGUUAAGAGCUAUUUAAAAUGAGAACGAUAAAUCAAAAAGGUUACAUACCAGAACCCAACGUUGUCAAUGUUUUAAGAAACUAUGAAACGACUCAUUUACAAGAGGAAAACAAGUGUUUUGUGUAUCACUGUUUUUCACCCACCAAUCGAUCGGCAAUCACGGAUAAAAUAUGACGAACUGUGCAAAGAUAUCGUUUCGAGUCUCUCUCUCUCUUCUCGGCUUAGGGGCUUAUUAGGUCAUGACUGGCAUUUAUGGCUUACUAGACUUAAUUUUACAGCUUAACUGGAAUAGUCUGGAUGAGAUUUGAUAGCGCUCUUAUCAUAUAAAAUCAACGCCAACGUAUUACUCUUAUAAACCAGAGAGCUUUUAAUCGACCCGCAAUGAAAACGGAAACAUUCAAUGUACGUUAAUGAGCAUUUGAUUUUACAGAUUCAGUGUACAAUGGCAUUGGUAGAGAGUGUGUACUUAAAUAACAGAAUAACUAAACCAAACGGAAGCUUUUCAGAAGAAAAAUCUAUCAAACAAUUGCAGCAAAUAUGAGACUUGAAUCGUGGAAGAAGAGAACCUAGUGGAAUAUAGUAUAGGGACGGAAAUGGUAGUGCUAGACUUCAACAUGCUUAGGCAAAUGUAUAGGACACACUACAGAGCUCACGUGAUGGUAGUUACAAUGCAGCGAACAAGAAAUAUAUAAAAUUACAAUAUAAAUGAAA